AUGCUGCCAUCGGCACUCGAGUUAUUGAACCCCGGCUUAUCUAUCUUCACUCGAAUUCUGUCUCUAUAUUCUCCUGCUGAUGUGUCAACUUGCUCUAGUUACAUUCUUUUAUUCUCUUUGCUCUCCGCCUUUUUCAAAUUCGCAGUUCCUCAGCUUCAUCACAGCUUGCAGCAACUAAUUUUGUAUUUUGCCGCAUCUAUCGAUAUCAAGUUCGAGAGCUCGCUCCAUGACCCUCUUAUCAAAUGGGCAGCGGAAAAUGUCCAAUUGAAGAAGUGUCGACGGACUAUUGCUGUGACAAAGUCCAAUUUCACCCCACCAUGGAAAGAAGACGACACAGAUGAAGAAAGUCAGGACGAAGACCCUGCUGAGGAGCAGCGGAGGUUCGAGAAAGACAAGAAAUUGUUCUGGCAGAGCCAGAGAAAGAAGGGUGGAUUCCAGCCUAUUAGCUGCACCCCCGGGCAAAGUCAGCUUCAUGUCUUCCGUUAUCGAGGCCAUUUAAUUGGCCUCUAUCGCAAUCCUCGCCCGAGUCUCAGCAAUACUUGGCUUACGGACGCUGAGACAAUCACCAUUUAUGCUUGGGGAAAGCAAAUCUUGAUGGAGUUACUGGAAGAAGCGCAGGAGGCAUAUCUCAAACGCAAGGGCAAUCGAGUAGCAAUUUAUCGCGGCCUGAAGUUGCAAAAUAUGCUCCGUUGGGCCUUGAGCUCCUCAAAGCCUCCACGUCCGCUUUCAACCUUAGCUCUCGCUCCAGAUACCAAAAGCGAGAUCCUUGCUGAUAUUGAAAGCUUCCUCAGUCCAAAGACAAAAGCCUGGUAUACGUCAUGCGGAAUACCAUAUCGCCGUGGUUAUUUGUUUCACGGUCCCCCCGGAACGGGGAAGUCCAGCAUGUGUUUUGUGAUUGCUGGGCUUCUUUGUUUGGAUAUCUAUACCAUCAGCCUGAAUAGUUCCAAAGUCGACGAAGACAGUCUGUCUAAACUUUUCCAGGAGCUGCCAAGCCGCUGCAUAAUACUCCUCGAGGAUGUCGAUAACGCAGGGAUAGUUCAACCUAUCCGCGAAGUCAGCGAAAGCGACCAAGUGAUGGGCUUCUCCGAGGACCGGAAUGCCGUUCAUAGUGGCGUCUCACUAUCGGCCCUUUUGAAUUGUCUUGAUGGUGUCGGAGCACAGGAGGGUCGGAUUCUCAUCAUGACAACCAAUCACCCAAACAAACUUGACGCUGCUUUGACUCGCCCUGGCCGAGUGGAUAAGAAGUACUACUUUGGAUAUGCGGAUAAAACCAGUGUCAAAAGUAUCUUUUCACUCGUCUAUAACCCUUUCAUCGGUGGGGGUCCUGCUGGGUUCACUUCGAGCCUUCCAGCCAAGAAGCUGGAUCGUCCGGCUAGAGCCAUGUCAAACCGGUCAAUUCGGGACCUGUCUAUCAAGUUUGCAGAGCUGGUCCCAGAUGACCAGUUCACAGCAGCUGAAAUCCAAAGUUACCUCCUAGAUUUCAAGGAUGACCCCGAUAUGGCUGUAACGGAAGCUGCUGAGUGGGUCAAAGACAAGAUGACAAUUGAUCUGCGCGGUAGUUUCCAAUAA